CUCUCCUCCCUCCAUCUCCGCCUCUGUCAGAGGCCGGCAGCAAGGAGCCGCGCUAUGAGCUCAUCCGCCGUGUGCUCGGCGUCAGAUCCGGCGCAGCUGAAGAGCGCGAGAGAGGACAUCAGGGAGCUACUUAAGACCACCUUCUGCCACCCGAUUCUGGUUCGGCUGGGGUGGCAUGAUGCUGGUACAUAUGACAAGAAUAUUGCAGAGUGGCCACAACGGGGUGGAGCUAAUGGAAGCUUGAGAUUUGAAAUAGAGCUGAAACAUGCAGCCAAUGCUGGUCUUGUAAAUGCAUUAAAGCUUCUUCAGCCUAUCAAGGACAAGUAUUCAGGUGUUACUUUUGCAGACUUGUUCCAGCUAGCCAGUGCUACAGCUAUUGAGGAGGCUGGCGGCCCCAAAAUCCCCAUGAAGUAUGGAAGAGUAGAUGUAUCUGGACCUGAGCAGUGCCCACCUGAGGGAAAGCUUCCUGCUGCUGGUCCACCUUCACCUGCUGGUCAUUUGCGGGAUGUAUUCUACAGAAUGGGCCUUAGUGACAAGGAGAUUGUUGCAUUAUCUGGUGCACAUACACUAGGAAGGUCCAGGCCAGAGCGUAGUGGUUGGGGAAAAUCAGAAACGAAGUAUACGAAAGAUGGACCUGGAGCACCUGGAGGACAGUCAUGGACAGUGCAAUGGUUGAAGUUUGAUAACAGCUACUUCAAGGACAUCAAAGAACGAAAAGAUGAAGAUCUACUAGUUUUGCCUACAGAUGCUGUUUUGUUUGAAGACCCAUCUUUCAAGGUUUAUGCUGAGAAAUAUGCAGAGGAUCAGGAUGCAUUUUUCAAGGAUUAUGCUGAAGCUCAUGCUAAACUUAGCAAUGUGGGUGCCAAAUUUGAUCCUCCAGAGGGUAUCUCGAUAGAUGAUGACUCAAAAAGCGCAGCACCAGAGCAAUUUGUGGCGGCAAAGUAUUCUUCUGGUGAAAAAAAGGCUUAAAAAAAUCAACAAAUCAUCUUUUCUUCUGCUGCGUCUUUUAAUAACACAAGAUGAAGCCUUUCCAACAGCGUGAAUACUUAAAAUUUGGAAAAGAGACUAGGAAAAUAAAGAAAUAAAUGAGCCUUGUAUUUGAAUUGCAGAGAGAACUCUCGGAAGCUAUGAAGCAGAAGAUAAGAGCAGAAUAUGAAGCACUUGGAGGCAGCCCAGAUAAGCCUCUCAAGUCCAAUUACUUCCUCAAUAUCAUGAUCCUGAUUGCAGCCUUGGCAUUUUUGACAUCUCUGCUUGGAAACUGAACAAUAUUUUUGUUUUGGCUUCUGUGUCUUUCACAUUUCGAUGAUGCCAUCUCAUUGGAACUAGGUGAUGGUGUUGGUUCACAUGGAGUAAAUUUGAGCAAUGAAUAUGGUUUUCAUGAAAA